AUGCUUUGCCAGUGUUUUGCAGAAGAAAUUUUAGUAUCUUACAUUGAUCUGCUCGUUACUAACAAAUCACGACUGUUUGCUCACCCCUCCAAUGGUACGUGUUUUGCAAUAGGCCACUUCCGAGUUCCAAAAACACUCACUUUCAAAAUGAGGCCAAGUGCACAACCUUUCUUGUGGAAAUGUAUCAAAGGCUGAGCACUUAACCUCGUUUUGAUACAGAGGCCCGGGGGGACUCGGAAAUGGCCUAUUGCGUUGGCACUUGGAAAUAACAACCGUUUCCUUCUUCAUUGAAAAAUAUUAUAUUCUCCUCUGCCAUCACUGGUCGGCUCAACGAGGUUGCAUUAAACAAAGCACAACAAAAUUGCAAAGAAAGGAAAUUACUUAUAGGCUAAAGUGGUUAGUUGUGAGCUUUGAAUUUUUUCAUCACCAACGUAUCUCGAGGAAUAUAAUUAUAAGGGUGAUUAAAAGGAGGCAGUUGGGCUCCCGGUUUGUUAUUCACUUAAUUUUAUGUUUCCAUUCCAAACUAAAUUUACAUGCAUUAUCCCCAUUUUAUUGUAUUUUUAUUAUUAUCAUUAUUAUUAUUAUUAUUAUUAUUAUUAUUAUUAUUAUUAUUAUCAUUAUUAUUAUUAUUAUUUACUUGUGUUUUUUACUUCUAGAUAUUGACGAGUGUCGCAGUUUUCAUGGUUGUCAGGAAAAAUGCAUCAAUACUGUGGGUGACUACCACUGCACAUGCUCAAAAGGAUACAGGUUGGAGGAAAAUAACAAAACUUGCACAGGUAAAUAUACAAAACUAAUGAAAAUCAAUGGGCCUGAUAGCGGGACAAUCAAUAUUGUUGGUGCCAAUCUAAAUGACCCAGUAAAACAUCAUUAUUUACAUUGCAACCCCUUCCUUCCCUAUAACUCGACGUACUGAACAUUCUCGUAUUUUUUCCAACAGAUAUUGAUGAAUGCGCUACUGAAAAUCUAACUGGGACCAAUGACACAGUUAAACUGGCUCACUGCCAGCAGCUGUGCACAAAUAUCCCGGGUAGCUACCUGUGCUCUUGUAGAGAUGGUUUUUACUUAUCUUAUGACAAGAAACAUUGCACAGGUAAUCUUAGAGAGAUUAAUUAGACUGGACAAACUUUUCCCUUUACUUGCCAGCUACCAUUUAUUUUCUCUGCAAAAGAAUAAGUAGGAGGUUCAUGUUAGGUGCAUCCACAAAAAUUAUUUUUGACAGCUUUUACCUGCUCAUCUUGUGCUUUGAGAAAUUUUUUACUUGAAUCUCGCGUUUGGCUUUUGCUCUUUACAAUAAACGUGAUUCUAAAUCGAUCUACUAGCCUGUAGAUCAUACUACAAAACGGUGUUUUUUUUUUUACCAUCAACCGUCAAUGCAGGUAAAUAAAACGGCAAUUUUCACUAUUUCAGCUUAUCUUCACGGACCUCUAGCUUUUGAAGAAUCCCUUAACGGGAAAACCCAGUUCCCUUGUUUUUAAAAAACACUCCCUAUAGAAAAAAGGGCACGUUGGCGACUAGAACUCUUCAGGCUCCGUACGUACAUCCUACUUUUAUGCAUUGUGCGAUUAAAUAAAGCUUGAAGGUAGAUGAAUAGACGGUAUGAACGACUGAUAAAAGUUUGUAGCAAAAUCGUCACGAACUCUACGAAGUGAACAUGUCAACGUCCGCCAUCUUAGGUUUUCCAAAAGUAACUUUGUAUAUUGUGGAUUGAAUGUCCCUUUUGCUAAAAACGCGUAUUGCGGGCUCACAACAUUCCGUACUUUUCCGAUUCCACGUGCUCUCACUUAGCCUUAUUAUGGAGUGAGUUCCAGUAUCUCAGUUGUUGGUACAAAUUGCAAUUAUUGUUGUUAGUAAGGUACAUGUAAUGCUGGAACACUAAAUCCAGUUUAAGCAAUGGCUUAGAAAUGAAAUAGCAUUAAACAUAGUUCAGAUAACGCGGGUAGAUAUCUCUGAACAAAUUGCUGAAACAAACAAAUAAGGAUCUGUUUAUUUCAUUCUGGCGGUUGCUGGAAAAAAGCAACUAGUUACUAGUUUGUAGUUGUAGUAAAGUAAUCUUCCACUACGUUUGUUUACCAAGGAGCCUCUGACUUGGAUAUCGUAUGUCCAUGUGAUUACUCAUCCUGAAAAAGUCGUUUUGUGCUAGGACUUUUUCUUCCUUGGCUAUUUAAAAUGAAUUAGAUUUUGUAAACGAGACGUGAAAGAACUACUGCAAAUAUAUUCAAACAUUUAUGGAGAUUUGACAAGUUAAUAUUUGUAAAAGGGACGUCUUGUUUUUCCGGUUGUGAUGGCAGCUCGCACAAUAUGUAGUCCAGUAAGAUAUUUCCUAAAGUUCACAUUACAAACAACAGUUUAGGGAAUUUUCAACUUGAGUUUCUGAAAUUGUUUGAAAGAUUUUAAUGAUUUUAGGCUGACUUCCUGGCAUAUAUGUGGCUAAUAUAACUUGCACAGCUACUGUAUGCCAGUCUUUGACAUAACUGGACAUCCAUGAUCAUCAAAUUGGAUGAUGUUCUGUGAUGGAAAACAGAAUAAAUCCAACAAAAAAGAGUCAGGUAUUCGUAAAGCUAGGAAACCUUGUAAUUUGGCAUUACUAUACAUAUAUAACACAUUUUUUCAUAUUAGCUUUUGUUUUUGUUGUUUCUGAAAAAAAAAAUUGGCCACUAACUUUUUGGACUUGGCGACCACUUUUGAAAAUUUGGGAGCCAGAUGUCUUCUUGAGAAAAAAAGUUAAUUUCGUGCCCUGAGAAAUUACAUGACCUUACCACUUGCUCAUACAUCAAAAUAUAUAUUUCGACAUUUUAUCAAUUGAAAGACUAAGACAACCUCCAAAACACCACAGUUGAUAUCAAUUUAUACAGAAGAUAAUAUUAUAUUUGGAUUAUGUAAUUUCCACUUCACUGUCAUGCAAUCAGAAUGAAAAUCGAAACCAUGCUAUACAGAAAGUCCAGACCGAAUCUAGAAAGUGAAAGAUAAGUAUGCAAAAACUUUCGCAAAGAAUCAGUUCUGUGCGAUAUUUCAUAUAUGAGAUACUCGGGGAAAAUGUUUUUCCAAAUUUGUAACGCUUUGUUUGGAAACGCCAUGAAACAUCUGAAACAUCUGUCUUUGAGUUUUCUACAAAAGCGUGAAUUCAUCGCCUCAGGAGUUCAUAAAGAUCAAAGUAAUAUUCAUUCUGAGGCGAGGAAUCUUUAAAAUCGAUAGCAAAAUCUUACAAAGUUGGUAACGUGUUACGGUAUACCUUCUACAUGUGAGCUUUCUCGGUCGCCAUCUAAAUGCCUCGUCGCCCAAUCGUCACCUAUUUUUAAAGCGUCAUCUAUCGUCAAACGAAAGCCACCUUUCGAACAGAACAUUCAGUCUUCAAAUAAACGUGUUUAGCUGAUGUAAUAUCUCGUGUCGGUAAACACUUAAAAAAUCGAUAAUUUCCUUUCUUUGAAAUCUGGUGACGUCAUGUAAACACCGAGAUCAACCCGUCAAAAACUUCAAAAUUUGGCAGUCAACCGUCAGAAUUGGAAAAUAAUAACUGUUAGCUACCAACCCAUUGAGAUUCCGUUAAUAACCUGAGUUAUAAUACCACACAACGUCGGGAUGCGUAAAGACAUGUCAGUGGUCAAUGCCCUCGCUCUAAAAUAAGGAAGAAAACUUUGAACUGAACAUAGCGUCUUCAGCGAGUCCUAAUGCACAACAAGAAAAGAUUCUAGCUUGCCGUAACCUAGACAUAUACACCUCUAUCUGUCAUUUAUUUGCUUUGGCUUUUUUCUAAAUAUCAUCCAUCGACCACCAGGCCUUAUGGCACAAAUCAUUUCAGGCUAUCGCUGUAAGUGGACGUAUAGGUUCUUAAAAAACUAAGCAAGGAAAAAUGAAAUUUAACAUUAAGGAGAGACUUAAAUCUUCAGGGCGGAAAAACGUAAUGAGCAUGCGUGAACUUUUUUGCCCGGAUUGCCCUUGGUGGAUUUGAAAAAAUGUCGGGAUUUCAAAUAUUAUUUUAGCCUAAUAAUAAAACCUUUCCACUCUUAACCUGGAAAGAACCUGCAAUUUGUCUUACAAGUUGCAAGCUGUCUUUAUAACCUUCUCAGUGAUUAAUAUAAUUUUUUCGAAGAAUACCUCAUAGUACAGUCCGGGCCACAACCAGAACUGGAUAUAUGAUUUCCUGUCAUCUGAUUGGCUUACGCAAAACCAAAACAUUGCUCAGACCGCAAAAGGACUAAGGCCGAGAGAAUGGCGGCGAUGUCGCGUCGAAAGCCGCUCCAAAGAAACUCCAAAGAUAAUGAUGACACGAUAGAAUCCUUCCGAUCUAUCGAUCUCUCAACUUUUAGAACUUGCGGAAAAUUCCAUCGAAAAGUCGUUUUCUUUAUUUUUCUUUACUAGAAUUACGUGACUUACAGAAGCUCGCGAACUAUAAGCUUUAAUCAGCAACCUUGUUUACGACUUCUUCGCAUGAUGUAGGCCGCCUGAUCUCACUCAAGUUCUCAAUCCGCGAGAGCCUAGGAAAGUGAACGCUACCUUAUAGCGUGCAUAUAUACCCUAAGCAAGCGUAAUUUUGGCCUUGAUUUUCCUGAUUUCACAAGGGCUGAUGAGGAAAUGUUAAUUUUUCCCGACAUUCUUAUUUCAAUGUGCACAGGGAUAGUGAAUAUUAUAUUGACAAACAGGUUUACAGCGUUUGAAUAAGGGCAGCUUGUUUCUUUUAGUUUUUUUUGAAGUGCUUCAGUUAUUAGAAGAAGAUGAUGUUUCAGGUACCUUAAGCAAGUUCUUAUAA